UUCAAACAUAUGCUGCACACUUUGACUUUGAAAAAGAUACAAUAAGUCCUCAAACUCAAUAGUUUCAAAUAAAUUAUUUGCAAAACUACAUCGUACAAGUUUUCUAUCAAGUUCAAAACUUGUUUUUGUGACCAUUUGUUCAGAAAUAUCAGGCAAAAUCAAAAUGAGUGAAGAAAUCGCUGAGGUUGUGACUGUACCUCCAACUAAGGAGGAGACGAGCGAACAUGCCUCGAAGUCCGAGCAGACCGAGAGCAAAAGCGAACACUUCUUGGCGCAGUUCGGCGAGAUUCAAACAAUUGGGUUUUCCGACCUCAUCGGCGCGUGGAAGAAUUACGAUUCCGAGAAGACAGGUUCUGUAGCAGUACCUUCCGCUAAAGGCGAAGGAGAGGAAACCACUGAUGGGGAGGGGGAGGGAAUCAAGAGUGAGUUUCACAAACUAGUGGGCGAUUUGUCUGAGAUGAUGUUUUCGGAAAAGAAGGACGAAGACACUGCAAAAAGUAUCGCACAGACCAUGAUGGACAAAUUGCAAUCCACUCUAACCGAUGGCAAAGUGACCUUGAAAAACCUGAUGGCGUCACUUCCUGUCGGCGAAAGUGAGCUGAUUAAACUCAUUCAGAAGAGUCAAUUGAGUGAAGAGGAAGUCGAUCAGAUGUUCGAGCAGUAUGACUCAGACAAGACUGGGUUCAUCAGUGAGGAGGAGAUGGAGUCACUCAUAAAGGACAUGCUCAACAAGGCAACAGGAGGUGACGAGGAAGUGGUAGACUCUCUGAUUGCUGAUCACAAAGCCGAACUGCUCUCCUUAGUCGACAAGGACGAAGAUGGAAAAAUCAGCAAAGAAGAGGUUCUGCAGUUGGUCAAAAUGCUCCUCAAAUGAAGAAAAAGACCGAAGUAACCAGAAAGGCGCAAACUUUUUAGUUGAAAAUUUUAAAUGAUCAUGGUGGGAGCACUUACUUCAUUUCACAUUUGGAUAUUGGGUGCAGAAAAAGAUUGUGUUUUCAGUGCAGAAAACAAAUGCUGUUAAAACUUAGUGAGGUUUAUAUGGUUAUUUUGUAAAUCAAUAGAAAUUACGCAAGAAAAAGUAUGUGAAAGGC